ACGCAUGCGCAUUAUGAAGGAAAAACUGAACGGCUGCAUUACCCGUUAGCUCGCUAAUUGUUGUGGUUUUUUGCUGACAUUAGUUGGUUGUUGCGUCUUUGCUCGACGUCUACAAUUAUAUUUGCUUUCUUCUGACGACUCGAGUAACAUUUAAAUCACUGUUUUGACUAUUUACACGCACCGGGUGGUUGUUUAUAGUCACUGAAAAACUCCAUUAACCGUCAUCCCUUCGUGUAUUGUCCGGGGUCACGAGGUAACUUAGCUAGCCUCAGUCCGCUGCUCUGGUUGAUCAGUUCGGUGACCGGUUUCUCCUGCUACAGCUGACGAAUGGAUUCUGUGUGGCUGCACUAGAACUAACUACUGUGACCCGAACAGAGAGUCUCCUAUGAUGGGAGCUGCAUUCAACAACCCUUGAAACUGUGGUGUUAAUUCAACAAGUUCAACAUGAUGCCCAUGACCUUUCAGGUGUCGAACAACGUGACGCUGCUGUUUGACUUCUGGGAUGUGCACGGACCUGCUGCAGGCUCGGCUUUGUGUGCAGGGAUGGUGCUGUCGGUGUUUGUGGUCUUGCUGCUGACGGUCUUCUACGAAGUACUCAAAGUUUGGAGGGUUUGGUUGGGAAACGGCUCCAAACUGUCCCAGCCUGCCACUCGGUACACCGCCCCUCCAUCCUGCCAAACCGACAGCAGCUCAGUGCUGGACAGCAGCCCGUCUGAAUCCUCCCUGACCCCCAUAGAGCCUCAGCCUCCAACGACAAGCACCAGGAAGAGCUGGUUGCUGCAUGUCGUCCAGACGCUGCUCCACAUCGUGCAGGUCACUCUGGGCUACAUGCUGAUGCUCUGCGUCAUGUCCUACAACACCUGGAUCUUCCUGGGCGUCAUCAUCGGCUCCGUCCUCGGUUACUUCGUCUCGUUUCCUCUCCUGGGUCAGACGGUGUGACAGUACGGACAGUUCAGACACCGACACAAACACAGAGGACUGGUGUUUUGUUUUCUUCUCUGUUUUUGUCUUUGGAGGAUCAAAUGCUUUGGAUACUGAAUGGGAAACCACUUCACCAAGUCAUUUGUUGCUCUGCUGGGUUUGCACAAAAAGGGGACUGAGCUGUACGACUCUAACUGCUGCGUGAAACUCACCUGGACACGGAAACUGGAAUUCUAAUGCCUGAAUUAGUCUUCAGUUUUUAGUCACGGGAUUCUGUUUUUCUAAACAUUUCAGCUGGACGUGAAAAAUACAAACAUUUGUCAUAAUAUUCAGUUUCAGAUGUGAUUCUAAAACAGCCAAGUGACUAAUAGUUUUCUUAAUCUCCAGCUGAGAGAAUGCUGUUUGAUUAAAUGUCCUUAAUUAUUAGUAACGCUUUAAAAAAAAGUGAACAAUAGAGUCAAAAAGGAUGAUUAGAUUUGAAUCGGUACCACAAAAGCUCAUAAUUAUGAUUCUCUUGAUGUUUUUAUGCACUACUUUGACACAUUAUUUCAGCUACUCACAGUCUUCAAGGUGUUUUGACACAAGAUGAUUUGAAAUGAGUUUUUUUCAUGAGGAGACACUGCUACUGUAAUGUUAACGUUACGCUCAUUCAAUAGAUGUAUGUUUCUGAUGAGUGGAACUUUGACAAUGUGUAAAAAAAUGAUUUAUGAAUGUUAUUACAGAGUUUUGGAGUGAAAUCUAAAAACUAACUGACACUGGGAGCGGAUUUUUCACAGGCAGAAGUCAUAAGACGGUUAAUUUGAGGAACUGAUUCAUGUGACUUUAACUUGAAAACUCCUCAGAUGGUUCAGUUUCAUAAGUUCAUCAGGGGACACAGAAAGUGAAGUAGGUCAAAUGGUUCUGUGGCAAACCGUUGACAAACCACGAACCAAAACAAAAAAUGAACAAAAAGUGCCUUAAAGCUGACCUUUGAGGUGUGUUUUUGCUUAAAACAUAAACAUAUUUCACUAUUUUUAGAACUGAUUCAGACGUCUUAUCACUGAACAUGGUUGAUAUCAAAAUUUUUCCUGAGUGAAAACCUGGAAAGGCUUGUUUGGAAAAGAAAAAAAAUAAAGAAGUUAUGAAAGAUUU